GAAGAAGCAGCCUGGUGGCGGUAAAGCUUCACGGAACAAACAUGGCCGAAGCACUGGGAUGCAGACGGGCUGAACUCGAACCAAACUUCUUGUGAGCAGCUGGAAAAGAUGGAACAAACAAGUGAAAGCCCCCAGAAAACAUUUACCUGCCAGCUGUGCGGUCUGUGCAGUGCUUUCACGUACUACGGCCAGAAACCGCCAAACACCAGAGCCAUUGUAUUGCUCGAGGAGUGUUUUGUGACCAAAGACCCCUUCAGCCCGGAUAAGGAAAAGUUUCUAGUUUUGGGAUCCACCUGCAGCCUGUGCAGCAAAUGUGUCUGCGUCGGAUCGGACUGCAGCCUCUUCUACACCAAGAGGUUCUGCAUGUCGUGUGUGAACAAACACUUGGACCAGUUUCCUCAUCAGAUCCAGGCCGAGCUGGCUAAGAAGAAGCAGAACUCCAAAGCUGCCGUCUCAUGACACCAGACAAGAGGUCCAUAACCUGCUCACCACUCUGCAACAAACGUCUUGAGUACAUUUAGACAAAAAUAGACUCAAACAUGUGUAGAGGUGUUUUGCCAGAGCUCUUAAUGAAAACCACACUGGAGCAAACUGCAAAAACGCCACAUUGGUGAAACAAAACCUCUUGUAGUUUAUUGUCGUUGCUCCGGGUUAUUAUUAAGUUGGCAGGAAAUUAACACCACCCACCAGAAAAAUGCUAUUUUAUGCUUGUGGCCGUUACACUGCUUUGUUAUCCUACUCAGUGUUAUUUAUUUAUUGUUAAAGGUUUUAUAGAAGGAAGCAGCAGGUCUGACUUUCUCGAGGUAUUUUUAAGAAUGCGACCUUUGCUACUAAUAAGCCUUAUAUUCCCAUUUCUCUUUUAACUAAUAAUCUGUGGUAAAGUAAUUUUUGCAGCCCAGUUCUUCUAUUCUUGCAUCGCUGCACACAGUUUUAGCGAUUUUGCAGCUAUAAAUACGUGACCCAGACUAGAGUAGUAACUGUAUAACUAGCGUUUGUUGUAGUGACUGAAUUAUGUAAGGUUGCAUCAUCCUAGUCAGGUUAAAAAUACACACUUUACAGCACAAUCUGUGCUUCCCAACAUACAAAGAAAUGGUUAAAAUAAUACUAUAAAUGCUAAAAAAUAUAUGUUGUCAGGAUUUAAGCAUUAUUACCUGAUGGGAAAAUCUCAGCAAUGUCUUUAGUAAACUGUAAUAAAACCAAGAACCUUCAUCUUAAGGUUUCA